AUUGGGCGAUGCAAUCGGAGGGGGAUUGUAUCUCGUCUAUGCCAUGAUAUGUUUGGUGGCUUUUGUUUUUGUCCGAUUUGCUCUAGGUAGGCCCCCCUAUAUGUCCGGGAUAUUGCUGUUUGUGCUAACGUGUAUAGUUGAAACAAAGGAUAUGUCGCUGGAGGAGAUAAAUCGGGUUUUACUACCAGACUACUACUCCGCUGCGGAGGGUGCGGGAGGCGAGGAUAUUGACUUGCUCAGUGUGCACGAGCACACUGAGUGAGCUUUGGUAGCCUGCUUUGUUAGUAUUAGUGAUAGCAGUUAGAGAGCUCUCAAUGCCAAUACACAUUAUUUAGUCUACCAGUCUAUUGACAUGGGCGGGUUUGUUGUGCUGUAGGGCGACUGUAGGUAAGUCAGCCCAUCCAACGAGAUACGCUGAUCUAUUUGAAAGCGAGGAGAAUGUUGAGCCGGCAAGAGUUUCCACUUCUGGAGUAUCGACGCAAGAUCAAAUCGGUUGUGUAGGGCAGGUUCAUUGAUGGUCGAGUCUGGAAUCAGCUUAUACUUUGACGAUUGAACAUCUCCGUGGAUUUCUGCCUUAAAUGACGGCAGGAUGAUGGUUGAUAUGCUCCAUUCUUGCCAUGACAGGUCAAAGACUUUGCUGGUGGAUUUCCGAGUGUCAGCCAAACGGGUCUAGAUAAGCCCGAUAUGGUCUAUCAGGGCUAUCGGGCUCCCGCGGAGGUGGCCAAGGCGCAAAGAUCGUCGUCCAUCACUACGACCAAUGAGAGUGCCGACGUUUAUCUCAAGAGGCAUUCAGCCCCUGCUUUGUGCAAUCCUUGGCUUGAGCUCAGCUAUAAGAUGAUUCGAGGUGCUUCCGCCCAUGUUGUGCCGCGGAGUUCUCACGACUGUUUCACGGAGCUUAUCGGCUCAAUCAAGCUCUCGCUCACGGCUGAUGCAAUCCUGCAUCGAAGAGAUCCCCGGCCCGGACCACGUUCUGGAUUGGCAUAUGGACGCCAUGGAUUGUGGACGGGUCAUCACUGGCUAGGACAAGUUCUGGCCAAGAAGGUGUCCGUUCCGAAUCUGCGGGAAGAGACUUUUCUUUUGCUCGUGACGUCUGACGCGCUUGCGAUAUAUCCUUACGCUGUUUCCGCGGUCUCGUUGCUUCUCUCCACACAGCUUGGCUCUGACUGCUUUCUGGCUUGCUUGGCGAGUGAACAACUCCUAGGAGAUCAAGUUGAGUGAGGAUGAGCCUGACGCCACUGGGUCGCACGACUUUUAUAUGUUGGAACAUCAGGAUUUAAAGACAGCUUGAUCUCACUCGAUUGCCAACACAAUUUCGACAAGGACGAACACAGUCAGAUACAGACUCAGACAUACCAGAUCUCUCACCGUCGACCAUGAAACCCACCGAGGUGCUUCGCUUGGCCGUGGCCGCUCCACAGGUCAAUCCUCUCACCAAAAAGGCCCGCUCCAUUCCGCUUCUCAACCCGUUCAACCUCUAUGGACGAGUCUUCUUCUUCUCAUGGCUCGGAUUCCUGGUUGCAUUCCUCUCGUGGUAUGCAUUUCCACCUCUGUUGAGCGUCACAAUCAAGAAGGACUUGGGAAUGUCACAGAAUGAUGUCGCCAACUCGAAUAUUGUCGCGCUGCUUGGAACUUUUGUUAUGCGCUUCGUUGCCGGCCCGCUGUGCGAUCGAUUUGGCCCUCGAUUGGUGUUUGUUGGUCUGUUGAUUUGUGGUGCGAUUCCCACGGCCAUGGCUGGUCUUGUCACCUCACCUCAAGGCUUGAUUGCUCUGCGAUUCUUCGUUGGUAUUCUUGGUGCGACGUUUGUCCCUUGCCAGGUGUGGUGUACUGGAUUCUUUGACAAGAACGUUGUCGGUACGGCGAACUCCCUAGCAGGAGGUUUCGGCAAUGCAGGUGGUGGUAUCACAUACUUCGUCAUGCCUGCCAUCUACGACUCUCUCGUCCACAGCAGCGGUCUCACUCCGCACAAAGCCUGGCGCGUGGCCUACGUUGUGCCCUUUAUCAUCAUCAUCUCCCUCGCAUUGGCCAUGCUCUUCACCUGCCCCGACACUCCGACCGGAAAGUGGGCGGACCGCGAGAAGCCUGCUGAGCGAAGCAACAUUGUCGACCUGAGCGCUACGCCUGCCUCCGGCUCCAGCGCCAACAGCGUCAACCUCCCCAACGACGAAAAGAAAGGCGUCCGAACUCCCGAUGUCAUCGACACCGAAGCACAGCAGGUUCGCCCGGGCCAGAUCGAUACCACGGAUGCAGUCAUCGAGGCCCCCACCGCGAGGCGCUACCUUUCCAUCGCAACUGACCCCUCUGCCCUGGCUGUCGCUCUUCCUUAUGCUUGCUCCUUUGGUGCGGAAUUAGCCAUCAACUCCAUCCUCGGCGCAUACUACCUCCUCAACUUCCCCGAGCUCGGCCAGACUCAAUCCGGUCGCUGGGCAUCCAUGUUCGGGCUCGUGAACGUCGUCUUCCGACCGGCAGGUGGAUUCUUCGCCGACGUGAUCUACGGCUACACGAACUCGGUCUGGGCCAAGAAGAUGUGGCUUGUCGGACUGGGUCUGUGCAUGUCGGCAUGUGCGAUUCUCAUUGGGUUCCUGGACCCGCACCAGGAAGGCCUCAUGUUUGGCCUGGUCGUGCUGAUGGCCUUCUUCAUCGCUGCGAGCAAUGGAGCCAACUUUGCGAUUGUGCCUCAUGUGCACCCGUCUUCUAAUGGCAUCGUCUCCGGGAUUGUGGGCGGCAUGGGCAACUUUGGGGGCAUCAUCUUUGCAAUUGUUUUUCGGUACAACGGGACACAGUACCACAAGGCGCUGUGGAUUAUCGGGUUCAUCAUUCUCGGCAUCACGCUGCUCUUCAGCUGGGUUCGGCCCGUGCCUCGAAACAACCGCUAGACGAUGAGAUAGACGAGAAAGAGUAGACCGCGCUCUUGAGCCUCAAAUUGAAUUUACCGUGACAAUAGCCUCGGCUCUUGAGUAUUGAACUUUGUAGAUUCCCGGUGGUGACUGCCAACUGCCGAAUAUUCGUUCCUCGGGAGGAAGGAGCGUCUAGCCACUUCCAUUCCCGAUUCUUCCCUUGACUCCCUCAUCAACACCAGCUGCAUUCAUUCUCGUAUAUUCUUACGCGGCGGUUCGAGUCCUUUUCUUGGACUGAUGUUUUCCUCUUUCGCAUAAUCGCCCCUACUUCGUUGCCCAGGCUCCAGCAUAAGCCCCCUAAAGCCAGGCCU